GGAACAUCACUUCCUGUUUAAAAAUGGCUGUGCAAGUACGGCUUUACGUAAUAUAGAGAACGUUAUUGAGCUUUUACAUAUUCGUUUGACCUCUUUUGCAGCGUAUACAUAAACAUGGUCCGUCUAUCAUCCUUCCUACUGAAGACAUACCAUGGAGGACACAUUGUCAUCAGAUUGGCAAUGGCUGGCCACAAACAGUCUAACAGACCUUUUUACCGGAUUGUGGCAGCUUACAACAAGCGAGCACGAGACAGUAAAUACAUAGAACAGCUGGGCUCUUAUGACCCCCUGCCAAACAUCUACAAUGAGAAACUGGUCAGUUUCAACUCCGACCGGAUCAAGCACUGGAUGGGCUGUGGUGCACAUCCAACGAAGCCUGUGGCCAAACUUCUAGGACUUGCUGGGUUCUUCCCCCUGCAUCCCAUGACGGUAACAGAGGCAGAGCGUCGCAGGGCCCUGGCAGAAGGAGCAGCUCCGGAGGAGGGAGUUAAGCAGCAGGAACUAUGAGAGCUGCAGUGUUGGAACGUGUGGUACUGUCAAGCGUAGCAGGAUGUGGGCAAUGUGCACGAAGGACAGUCAUAUAUGCCACCCCCCUCCCAAAAGGCUGACUGUUUCCAGUGAAAGCCUUUGUUCUAUGUGUAACUAUGGAUAUUCAGAAGCAGUGCUUUUCCUUUUUUAUGGAACCAGUGUAUUCACAUCUUUAUAGCAAUACAUUUGUUUAAUAAACACUUUCUUGCGGUUCACGUUAUAAAUUACCAAUGUGUUUGGGAUACUUUCAGUCUUUCCAAAUCACACCUUUUUUUUGGAGUAACAUUUGCUAAAUGCCACUUUGCUCAAUGAAUGCUUUGAAUACUGUUUUCAGAAAGUAGGGGAUUUUGCAAUAGCUCAGUCGCUUAUCAAUUGAUGGUCAAAGCAAGUAUUUUUUGUUUGUUUAUGGUUUGGCUGUGUUUACAGAUAUUCCACAACUGACAUGUUUCCAAGGUAAAACAAAUAUGAAUGUAGCUAGUUGUGUAAUGUUAAAAGGUCCCUGUGGUAAAUCAUUAAACUGUUUGAUGCAAUA